AUGUUGAUGAUGGAGGACGACGAAUUAGACGCUCAUCAGGUUGAUUCGGAUUUCGAGCCGCAAAGCCGGCCUCGCUCAUGCACCUGGCCGCUGCCUUGCCCGGAGGAUUUCCCCGGUGGACACGAGGUCAGCGGGGGUCUUCCACUGGCCAACAUCAAGGUGGAACCAGAGGACGUCCCGGCUUGCAGAGCGGGGCUCGUGGGCGGAACGCCGGGAGAGCUGAAGCAUCCAGCCGGCGCCCCGGCACCCACAGGCGCGACGCACCCAUGCCUGGCUGGCGCGGCGCUCGAUGUGACCGGACCGCUGCGCAAAGCCAAAUCCUCGCGGCGGAACGCGUGGGGGAACCAGUCCUACGCGGAUCUCAUUACCCGCGCAAUUGAGAGCACCCCAGAAAAGAGACUCACGCUGUCACAGAUAUACGACUGGAUGGUCCGUUAUGUGCCCUAUUUCAAGGAUAAGGGCGACAGUAAUAGCUCAGCGGGCUGGAAGAACUCCAUCCGACACAAUCUAUCCCUCCACACACGUUUUAUCAGGGUGCAGAAUGAGGGAACAGGGAAGAGUUCUUGGUGGAUGCUGAACCCAGAUGGAGGGAAGAUGGGCAAGGCCCCCCGCCGGCGAGCAGUCUCCAUGGACAACAGCACCAAAUACCUAAAAAGCAAAGGCCGCGUCAGAGGCAAGAGAGUCGGCCGUCCUGGGAUAGGAGCAAGCUCUGUGGUGGGGCUCCAGGGCUCCCCUGAUCAUGGCAGCCCACCACGGAAAGGCCUCCCAGGAGUUGGAGGUGCAGCUGUUACAGAUGGAGAGUUUGACGCUUGGACAGACCUCCAUUCCAGGGCUAGUUCAUCAGCCUCCACCCUGAGUGGGCGUCUGUCACCCAUCCUCGCAGAGGGAGAGCCAGAGGAACCAGAGGAGGGUGGCCUGUCGUGUGCCACUUCUCCACACCUCUACCCCUCACCAACCAGUGCUCGCUCUCCAUCCAUGGGAGCAGGGAAUCGCUGUCCUCCGCUGGAGCAGUUGCCUCAGCUGGCUAACCUGACAGGUGCCAUCAGUCUGGAUGAGCAGCUAAUGGAGGAUGGUUAUCAUCACCAUCACCCGCACCAGCAUCAACACCAGCAGCAUCCGGCUGUUGGCAGACAUAAGCACCAAACCCCUGUCUACCACUACAGCUCUGGAGUGAAGGGGCAGAGCCCCUACGGUGCAGGUGUCUAUGGUGCAACAGGCAUGGGGAUGCUGUGCCACCACUCACCCAUGCAGACCAUUCAGGAGAACAAGCCAGCCAGUUUCUCUGGAACCAUGCGGGCGUACUCCAGCACCAAUGCCCUACAGAGUCUGCUAACGGGGGGUCCAGCUGGGCAACAAUACUGUUCCAAGGACAUGAUGCUGGGACAGGAGAGGGAAAGCCAUCCUAUGAUGGGUCAAGCUAGUAAUGGAGUAGGCUCCAACCAUCACAGCCAUCACCCUGGCCAUCACAAUGGCCAAGGUGGUGGCUGUCACAGCUCAGCUGGAGGGGGAGGGAGACACAACUCAGCUCAUAGCCAUAACAGAACUCACAGCCAUACUCAUAGUCACAACAAUGUAACCAACCACAACCACAACUCACCUCACAGCCUCACUCACAACAGCCACAACCUCAGCCAGAGCCAUAACCACACACCGCCCCGAGCUGCGGCCCUGACCCCACAAGGCAACAGCAAUCAGCUGCAGACCUACAACCACAAAGCUCCCUACCUGUACAGCCCCCCAUCACAUGCCCACCUCCCUGCCUCCACCACUCUCCCCCCAAAUCCAGCAGGUAUGCUUGGCAUGCCCCAGGACUCCUGCCAUGUGGCCACCGCCCCACACCCGCACCCCCGUCACAACCAUUACCCCGACCUACUACACCAAGGCAUGACUAAUGGACCCUACCACCAUGGCCAGGGGAUGGGGAAUGGAAGUGUUGGUAGCAACUACCAUGGCUAUCACCAACCUCACCCCCAUGAGAGACUACCAGCUGACCUGGACAUUGACAUGUUCCACGGUAGCUUGGACUGCGAUGUUGAGUCCAUACUCCUCCAUGACAUUAUGGACUCUGGGGAGGAGAUGGACUUUAACUUUGACUGCUCCCUUGCCCAGGGGGUGGGCAUAGGCAUGGGUAUGGGCAUGGGUGUGACAAUGGGCAUGGGGAUGGGAAUGAGUGGUCUGGCUGGUCCACAGCAAGCCCAUAGCAACCAGAGCUGGGUGCCAGGCUGAGGUCUAGGACAACACAUCCUACCCUCUGAAACAACUACCCUGUCCAUGAAGCACUGUGCUCAACUGUGACAUUCCUGACUUGACACAGAGGCUAUAGGAAUAACACUCCCGUCUCUCUUUGUUGUCUUGACAAUUCUCUCCUCUUUUGUCCCCCCCCCCAGAGAUCUAGUCCAUGUCACGUUAGGUUUUUCUUCAUAUCAGCUAUACUGUGAUGACAAUCUCUCAGCUGUGCUAGCCCAACAUUGCUUCUCAUCUACCAUGAGAACUGAACUCUCAAUGCACUUUAUUGCAAGUGGGACACAUCUCACAGUGUAACACGUUCACAGAGCAGCUCAGGCAGAGUGUGGCAUGUUUUGUAAGGUGGCUGCAGCCUUUGACGGCAACAAAUGAGGAAAUCAUAAGCUCCGAUGAUGAAGUGUCAAAUUUUGGCAUUGAAUUAAAAUUGGACUUGUCAUUGACAGUGGUGAGGACAAUAUUGUUCUGUAGCAAAAAAUAGUUGCUUUAUGAUUAGAUCCUUGCUUUUUCAAAUUCAUUGUUAGCACAAAGCUUUAGACAUUGGCUGUUCUUCAUCACUCACCUUACCACAUUUAAACUAUGAAUUAUUACAAUAUUGUUGAUGGAACCCUGAUUAGACACUGAUCUGAAAUGUAUUUAUACAAUAAAUUUAAAUAGAACUCUGAUGUGAAACCAGUUUUCCAUUUUAAUGAUAAUUCUCCUCAGAUCAGGUCUUACAUUAGCAGUCCCGUUUACAUUUAUAGCUUCAUGCAUUUAGUCCUUGGUGCUUUGACUUUUCUCUUGGAUAUAACACUUUGUUCAUGCCCUUCUGCCAUUGGUUAGAGAAUAUUGUCACUACAUCAUUAAAUGGAUUCUAUCAUUACCGGCCAGCAUGCAAUUUGGUGUAUUAAAAUGUCGUAUCCCCUUGUCUCACCUGGGCUUCUCGUGCCAGUUACACUCUCUCUCUCUCUCUCUCUCUCUCUCUCUCUCUCUCUCUCUCUCUGCCUGCCAGUGGAGACAAAGUGACCAUUCCUCACACCAAGCCAUUAAUGUGGCUUGAUUGAAAUUCAGCAUCUUGCUUUUAAUCUCCAAAGUGAUGCGGCAGCGAUGCGUCAUUAUUGAGAGUCUAACGGGUUGUCCUCUCAUCUCUCACCCUGGUCGUCCGGGCCGCAGCUUGCCUCUCCAACUUAAUGCGCCGAGAAAGUGAGACAAAACUGUGAUUAACGCCAAGUCACUCUGCCUGCUGUCCUGCUCUGAGAAGGGCCAAUGUCACUGUCCGCUUGCUUGCUCACAGAGGGUACAAAAAGGAAAAGAUGGAGACAAGGAUAGAACAAAAGUCUGUUGUUGCAGUGGGAUCAAUCAUCAGCCUCAGUUUCCAUGCUCUUCAGGUGUGUGUGUCUGAAAACAGGUAGUGUUCGUAUUGUAAAUCCUCUCCAUUAUCUGUAUUUUGUGUUCCUCUGUUCCCAUGUUUUCAGUGCUUAUACCCUGAGCUUCAAAUACUCAUUUAAGGAGAAAACAAUCAGCCAAUCUGAGUGGCAUCAGUCUAUGUCAAACAGGGUUGUAAUGCCCUACAGCCAUCCCCAUCCACUUUUUGCGUGUUUAUUCUGUUGUCUUGUAGUUGAUGUUGUUGUAUUGUUGAAAUUCUAAGGACCAACGAGGACAGCGCUGAAAUAUUCAUAAUGUAAGGGUGGAAUUCAAUGGUGAAAUGAUGUUGGUAUGACCUUCCUAUGCUCCAACCGUGCACCCCUCCCACAUGAGCUCUGCUCAAUUGUCUCUGUUUGUGAAUGGCGGAGUCUGAAGCUUGUUUCUCACUGGCCUUGGGAGAGAAAAAAAGAGGACAACCCCAUUCUCUAGUUCCCUUAAGGAGACUCUCUGCACUUGGUCUGUACCUAGUACGGCACACAAAUAAAAUGAGGGGGGUGGGGGUUAUUAUUAUACAGCCAAAGGUCAAGCACGGCACAGACUAUCAGACCCAUUAUUGAGGUAAAUACCUUUAUUUCAGGGCUUUUAGCCGCGCUGGUUCCAGUUAAUCUCCAUGUGGAAAAUGCAUGGAAUUUUCUAAGCAAAUGGGCCUCACAAAGCAGUUCAGUUAUAACCUAUGCUACAUUUAGCAAUGCCGUGCUAUUGGAAAGAGAGCUAUAUAUGAUGUCUAAUUUUCUUAUAUUUAUUUAUGAAAGAGAUUGGUCUUUGUCACUCUUAAAUGUGGUAGUUGUUUGAGUCAACUCCUAUCCCCUUCUUCUUUUUUUCUCAGUUUUUUAAGAUAUCACUCUCCCUUUGCCCCUUUUACUGACUUUUAUUUUGUAUAAAAUCUAUAUAUUAAGAAUACUGUAUAAUAGUUUUUAAAAUCUUAAAAUAAUAUCAGUUUUGUUGUCCAUUUCUUUUUUAAGAGAAUGUAUCUCAU